CGUGGUUUGUGGUUUAGCCAGCGUUUUAGUGUGCGGCGACGAUUAUGUUCGUUUCUAAACUUUCAAGACGACUUGGAGUUUGGAUCCUCAAAGAGCUCCCAAAAGGAAAAUCUGCAGUCAUAAAUAGAGCAGGAUGUGCACAAAGGCCUUACUCCCACUAUUUGCUUCCACUGUUUGAACGAAAUACAGAAACUAAGCUAUCCCGGGAAGCCAUAUUUCAGAAGCCACAUCAUUUUUCUACCACUACUGCUGACAAUGCAUCCGAGGAAACGAUAUCUGUCACAUUUGUUGACAAGGAUGGAGAGGAAAAGCACAUUAAGGUCCCUAUUGGAAUGUCUAUGUUAGAAGCUGCUCAUGAAAAUGAUAUCGAACUUGAAGGAGCAUGCGAAGGAUCGCUUGCCUGUUCGACCUGUCAUUUGAUUGUGAUGGACAUGGAGCAGUACAAUAAGUUAGAAGACCCUACUGAUGAAGAAAAUGACAUGCUGGAUCUGGCUUUUGGGCUUUCAGAAACAUCUCGUCUGGGUUGUCAAGUGAUUGCAAAGCCUGAACUUGAUGGAAUUCGUUUAGCUAUUCCCGCAGCCACAAGAAAUUUUGCAGUUGAUGGUUAUGUUCCAAAACCGCACUAGAGAUGUACUAUGAUACUGGAGAGUGUUUGCUCAUAGCAACGGCACAAUCAUCCCAAUUUUGUAGCUCCUCUAUUGUCAGUGGUCAUAGUUUUUUGAUGCUGAGAUAACCUGUAUGACAAUAUUUCUAUAGAUUACAUGCUUAAUAUGGUGCUGUGUUAAGCUGAUUGACAAUAAUUGUAUACAUCACAUGAUGUGAACAAUGGCUGUUUUUUGCCAUGGCUUACUGAUUAAAUUGAGUUUUA